AUGGGAAAGCGCGGCGGUAAAAAGGGCGGCCGCGGUCGAGGCGGGUGGGGUGGCUCUCGUGGCCCUCCUCGUGACAAUCGAGUCGACAAGGCAACAAUUCCUCGAAAGAAUGACAAGUUCGAGCAAUACUAUAACCAGCUUGAUCUCGUGUCAGAGGAGGAAAAGCCUCAGUUAUGGGAGGCUAUGCGCCGCGACCUGCCCAACAGCUUUAGAUUUACAGGCUCUAGAUCGCACGCUUUAGCAGUUCAGCAACGUCUCCGAGACUUCUACAUUCCCGAAAUUACCUCGAUCACAUACGAUGGUCAGCUUGUUGAGCCUCCACAGCCAGUAUCAUGGUACCCAAACCAGCUCGCCUGGUUCAUGACCACUCCUAAGCACAUUAUCCGCCGGUUCCCACCCUUCAAGUCAUUCCAAAACUUCCUAGUUGCAGAGACAGAUGUUGGCAAUAUCACUCGGCAAGAGAUCGUGAGCAUGAUCCCGCCUCUGCUCAUGGACAUCAAGCCUGGAAUGACGGUGCUUGACCUUUGCGCGGCGCCUGGCAGCAAGUCUGCACAGCUCAUCGAGAUGCUGCACGAUGGCGAAGAAGAACGAUCAAGGAAGGUUGCGGAGAACACGGCCAACGGCCUGGCUAGACCUGAAGGCGCCGAGUACGAGGACGAUGGCCGGUCUCCAGGCCUCCUCAUUGCCAACGAUGUUGAUUACAAACGUGCUCAUAUGCUGGUGCACCAGGUCAAGCGACUGAGCUCCCCCAACAUCAUUGUCACCAACCAUGAUGCGACCGUGUUCCCGUCGAUCAAAAUUCCUUCGGAGCCCACGACCGAGGGAAAGCCUGCUCAAAACCGAUAUCUCAAAUUUGAUCGUAUUCUCGCUGAUGUGCCUUGCUCCGGCGAUGGCACGGCCAGAAAGAAUCUUGAAAUCUGGAGCAAGUGGACUCCAAGCAACGGUCUAGGCCUACAUGCCACUCAAGUCAGGAUCCUUGUCAGAGCACUGCAGAUGCUCAAGGUCGGCGGUAGAGUCGUUUACUCGACCUGCAGUAUGAAUCCCGUCGAAGACGAAGCCGUGCUGUCCGCAGCCAUUCAGCGCUGUGGUGGCCAGAGCUUCGUCCAGCUCGUAGAGACUGAAGGCUAUCUGCCUGGUUUAAAAAGGUAUGCAGGUCUCAAGAAGUGGAGUAUCAUGUCCAAAGCUGGCCGUAUCUGGCACAGUUACGACGAAGUGCUCAAUGAGCAGGCGACUCGUGGAGAAGACACUCUCAGCCGACUCACCGAGGGCAUGUUUCCACCGAAAGACGAUUUGCCUCUGGAGAGGGCCGUUCGCGUGUAUCCCCAUCAGCACGACACAGGAGCUUUCUUUAUAGCCAUUCUAGAGAAGAAGGCUGAGAUCAAGGCCAAAUCUGAAGAAAAGCCCGUUGCUGCUCCGGCUAUGAAAGUCGAGACCGCUGAUUCCAGCGGUACUGAGGUCAAGCUUGCAACCCAGCUAGACGGCCAAAUCGCUGCAGUUCAAAAUGGUGCUCAGUCACCCAAGAGGAAGAGAGAUGACGAAGCUGACGUAGAGCCCGCCGUCAAACGCAUAAAGGCCGAUGCCAAUGGAUCGACCGAAGAACACGAAGCGCCUCAGCCUUCAAAGACCACCGAGACGAAGACAUCUACCCCGGCUGCAGCUGCUAGCAUGCUGCAACCCCCGAUACAACAGAAUUCCGAUAGACCUCGGAAGGAUCGCAAUCAACCCUUCGAGGAGCCUUUCAAGUAUCUAUCGCCUGAGAUCCCCGAGCUUGAGUCCAUUCGCACCUUCUACAACCUCUCCGGACGCUUUCCAUCCGAUCGAUUCUUAGUACGCAACCCUGCCGCCACCGCAACCAAGAAUAUCUACUACACCACCGCCCUCGCCAGAGAUAUUCUCACCGAAAACGAGGGCAAAGGCAUCAAAUUCGUGCAUGCCGGCAUCAAAAUGUUUGUCAAGCAGGAUGCGCCGUCGCCGGAAGUUUGCCCAUGGCGGAUCCAGACCGAUGGUCUCAAAGUCAUCGAGCCCUGGGUUGGCAGGCAGCGUGUAAUCAAGCUGUGGCGCAAAGAAACACUGCGGAAGUUGCUUGUGGAGAUGUUCCCACGUUUUGCUGGUGAAGAAUGGCGCAAUCUCGGAGAAGUCGGCGAGCAAAUCCAAAACGUGGGCAUGGGUUGCUGUGUGCUGGUUGUGGAGCCGCGAGCGGAAGAGGGCGAUAGCGGCUUCAACGAGCGCAUGGUAUUUCCAUUGUGGAAGAGCAUACAAAGCUUGAAUCUGAUGUUGCCAAAGGAGGAACGGAAGGCGAUGUUAUUGCGCCUGUUCAACGACAGCACGGAGCUGGUCAACUUGCAACAGCACCCGGGUGGGAAAAGGCCAGAGAAGAAGGUGGAGGAGACUACAGAGCAGGUCAGGGUGCGCAACAGCAGCAGUCCAGAGAGUGAUGUGCCGCCAGCUGAUGCGGAAGGCGUGGAUGGGGAAGACGGCGGUGUGACACUCGAGCGAGAGACUUGA